AUGAAGCUGCGGGACACCCCCUCCGCCUGCCCGUCCCUGUGGCGCUCCCUGCCCUGCCCGCCGGCCGAGCUGCGCCUGGACCUGGUGCUGGCAUCGGGGCAGGCCUUCAGGUGGUGGGAGAGCAGCCCGGGGGCCUGGACGGGUGUGCUGGGGGGGCGCGUCUGGACGCUGAGGCAGGACCAGGACCGUCUCUGGUACACGGUGUACGGCGAGGAGGAGGACGGGCAUCCCGCCGAGGUGGCAAAGUUGGACGGUGCUGAGACAGACCAGAUCCUGCGUGACUACUUCCAGCUGGACGUGGGGCUGCCGGCCCUGUACCGCGCCUGGGGGGAGGCUGACCCCCUCUUCCGCAAGGUGGCUGACGACUUCCCAGGGGUGCGGGUGCUGCGGCAGGACCCCGUCGAGUGCCUCCUCUCCUUCAUCUGCACCUCCAACAACCACAUCUCCCGCAUCACCGCCAUGAUUGAGCGCCUCUGCCGGGCCUUCGGCCGCCGCCUCUGCUGCCUCGACGCCCGGCCCUUCCACGCCUUCCCCUCUCUCUCGGCACUCACAGGCACCGACGCUGAGGCCCGGCUGCGGGCACUGGGCUUCGGGUACCGGGCCAAGUUUGUCAGCGGGAGCGCGCGGGCCAUUGCCGAGGGGCUUGGCACCGAGGGGCUGCACCGGCUGCGUGCCGCGCCCUACGCUGAGGCCAGGAGGAUGCUGUGCACCCUGCCUGGCGUGGGUGCCAAGGUUGCUGACUGCGUCUGCCUGAUGGCCCUGGACAAGGCGGAGGCGGUGCCGGUGGACACCCAUGUCUGGCGCAUUGCACGGCAGCGCUAUGGCGCGGUGCUGGGCGGCAGGAGCCUGACCCCCCGGGCCCACCAGGAGAUUGGCGACUUCUUCCGGGGGCUAUGGGGCCCCCGCGCCGGCUGGGCGCAGGCGGUCCUCUUCUGCGCCGACCUCCGCAAGGGCCAGGAGCCAGCCGGCAGCCAGGGCCAGGCCAGGGGGGGCCGAGGCCAGGACAGCCAUGGGGAUGGGUCCCCCUAGGGACACCCCAGGAGGGACAGAGCCCCUGGGUCAGCAGCUGGGGAGGAAUCACUGCGCCUGCUCCCAACCUGGGAUGUGCAGAGGUGUGGGCAGCUGCCUGUCCCCUGCCCACUGUGUGUCCGGGGGGAGCUACUGCCCUGGGCAGUGAGGCUGGAGGCUGUCAGGGCUGUGUCCAGCCCUCCCCAGGGCCGAGCCGAGCCAAGCUGUGUUGGCGUCUUGCCUUUAUUACAAGCAAUAAAAUAGAAACAUC